AUGUCAUCCAUGCUGCAACCACAGAUCAUACUGUUGAAGGAGGGAACGGAUACGUCGCAAGGGAAGGCGCAGCUCGUGAGCAAUAUAAACGCUUGCACAGCGGUGGCCGAUGUGGUGAGGACCACGCUGGGGCCUAGGGGCAUGGACAAGCUCAUCCACGACGACAAGGGCAGCGUUACUAUUUCCAACGAUGGCGCCACCAUCAUGAAGUUGCUUGAUAUAGUUCACCCCGCCGCCAAGAUCCUUGUCGACAUCGCCAAGUCGCAGGACUCCGAGGUUGGUGAUGGAACAACAACAGUUGUUCUGCUUGCAGGGGAGUUUUUGAGGGAGGCCAAGCCUUUCAUAGAGGAUGGGGUGCACCCACAAAAUUUGAUAAGAAGUUAUCGAACCGCUAGCUAUUUGGCAAUUGAGAAAAUCAAAGAACUUGCUGUAAGCAUAGAGGGGAAGAGCCUUGAAGAGAAGAAAACACUGCUAGCUAAAUGUGCCGCCACUACACUUUCUUCAAAACUUAUUGGUGGAGAAAAGGAGUUUUUUGCAUCCAUGGUCGUGGAUGCUGUCAUUGCAAUUGGUGAUGAAGAUCGUCUCAACAUGAUUGGAAUAAAGAAGGUUUCUGGUGGCAACAUGCGUGACUCCUUUUUAGUAAAUGGUGUUGCCUUCAAGAAGACAUUUUCAUAUGCUGGUUUUGAACAGCAACCAAAGAAGUUUCUUAAUCCCAAAAUACUUCUACUAAACAUUGAAUUGGAACUGAAAUCUGAGAAAGAAAAUGCUGAGAUAAGAUUGUCAGAUCCAUCCCAGUAUCAGUCCAUUGUUGAUGCAGAAUGGAAUAUUAUUUAUGACAAGUUGGAUAAGUGUGUGCAGAGUGGGGCCAAGGUAGUUCUUUCACGGCUGGCUAUAGGUGAUCUAGCAACACAGUAUUUUGCAGAUAGAGAUAUAUUCUGUGCUGGGCGUGUAACCGAAGAAGAUCUCCAACGGGUAGCUGCUGCCACUGGUGGCACUGUGCAGACAUCCAUCAACAAUGUUAUUGAUGAGGUCCUUGGAACAUGCGAGUGUUUUGAGGAAAAGCAAGUUGGAAAUGAGAGGUUUAAUAUAUUUAGUGGAUGUCCAUCAGGUAGGACAGCUACAAUUGUUCUUCGUGGUGGAGCUGAUCAGUUCAUUGAGGAAGCAGAGCGGAGUUUACAUGAUGCUAUCAUGAUUGUUAGAAGAGCACUAAAGAAUUCUACUGUAGUUGCUGGUGGUGGUGCUAUAGAUAUGGAGAUCAGCCGGUACUUGUGGCAGAAAGCACGCAAAAUUACUGGAAAGUCUCAGCUUUUCAUUAACUCGUAUGCAAAAGCUCUUGAGGUUAUCCCACGACAACUCUGUGACAAUGCGGGAUUUGAUGCGACUGAUGUGUUAAACAAACUUAGACAGAAACAUGCGCUUCCAUCUGGUGAGGGUGCACUUUAUGGAGUGGACAUCAACACAGGUGGAAUUGCUGAUUCAUUUGCUAACUUUGUCUGGGAGCCAGCAGUUGUGAAGAUCAAUGCUAUAAAUGCUGCUACAGAGGCUGCUUGCCUUGUUUUAAGUGUCGAUGAGACAGUAAAAAACCCUAAGUCCGAGAGUGCGCAGGGAGAAGCUGCUGCGAGUGCCAUGGGAGGUAGAGGGCGUGGAGGUGGUCUUCGUGGUCGUGGGCGCGGGAUGCGAAGGCGAUAG